AUGAGGGAAAAGAGUGGCAGCAGUUGGACGAGACUUCGGUGUCAACUACACGCGUUAUUGUCCUUUUUGGUGCAAGUUGUGCUCUCGCCCACCCCCGCCGAAAUGAGUGCAGAUGUCGCUCGUGCUCCGCGAAUUGUUUCGUCGUUGGCACUACGCACUAUUCGCCCAAGCAAGCGAGCUCCGCAAAUUCGCAAACCACUAAAACGCGACGAUAAGGAUCUUCCCAUCCCGCAUGUCAACAUUACCGUUCGCGAUACGCACGCGUGCCGUCUCGCCGAGCACUACUACACCACCGUCCAGGACAAUCUUAUGUAUAUGACAUACAAGCACGAGCCAAUCCGCAAGCCAAUCCGCCAAAUUCGCCCAAAGUACGAUCCCGACGACCCCUACGUCAAGUUUCGCAACAACCCGCCGGUUGGCGGUAACCAAUACUUCAAGCAGCCUUUACCGCCGGUCACACCGAACAACGUCGUCGAGCUAAAACGUAUACAGCUGCACACGAUGAUCAAGGAGGCCUUGAACAACAAGGCGAGUCUCCUUGGUCCCAUCAUAGCAUUCCGCGCUUUGUCGGGCGAGUCAGACCAUUCCGGGAACCAACGGUCAGCGGAGGGCGUGCAGAUCACGAAGGGAAAGAGGAACGUCGGUGGAUGGGUUCGACCGGGGCAACCGAUUGGCGUGAAGGUUGACAUGGUCGGCCCGAAGAUGUACGACUUCCUGGGCAUCCUCGUCGAGUUUGUCUUCCCUCGGCUGCGCGAGUUCCCCGGAAUCCUCAUGCCAGGCUCUGCAUCACCGUUGAACACGCCUAGCGCCGCACAAGGCAUUGUGUCGUUCGGUCUGCCCCCAGAGGCGUUGUCUCUGUUCCCCCAGAUCGACGUCAACUUCGACGCUUAUCCCAAGACAUUCGGCAUGCACGUACACUUCGUCACCGACGCAACUGGUGUUGGUGCGCAAAAUAGAGCAAGAGCACUGCUAUCGGGCUUCCAGGUCCCUUUCGCACGUAGAUGAUUGGUGGACGAUUUGGUUUUGCUGUCAAAUGUAGCUCUAUCCAUUGCUCAGUCUAAAACGUUUCUCCCUAGCCGCUGGCUCUGGUAGAUCUCUUGUCUGAGUGCGAAUCUUGUGGCAUUUGAAUGGUGCGUAGUACAUACCAUAUCCCGGUGAAGGAACAGCUACUGGUUCCAGUUGAAUGGACG